CGUCGAACGGGACUCGUCCCAUGUGUGUGAUGGUGUUCUGAUAGCAUGGGGCAGCUAUGAGCAGUGCCCCGAUUGUAUGGUGCUGGACCGCGCUCUUCUUCUCAUCGGCAUGGAGUGGAGGUUUGGACAUGCAAGGACCUUUGUUCUUGCACGAGCCGCCACAUAGACUGGAAUUUAGCAACAUUUCGGGCGCGAAAGUGGACUGCACGGCCCAUGGGAGUCCCUCGCCGGAGGUGGAGUGGAUACUGGCGGAUGGGUCCCCGGUGCACCAGGUGCCGGAACUCCGACUGUUAUUCCCCAACGGGUCUUUGGUUUUUCCCCCGUUUCCGAACGAGAGAUACCGACAUGACGUCCACGCGGCGCUCUACAGGUGCAAACUGAAAAGUUCACUGGGGACGGUUGUCAGCAGGGAAGUGCAUGUUAAGGCCGUUGUCAAGCAAAAAUACGACGUCCAAGUGCACGAUGAAUAUGUAAUUGCCGGCAAUACAGCGGUGCUCAAGUGCAAGAUUCCGAAUUAUGUGGCUGAAUAUGUGAUGGUGACAUCCUGGGUCCAGGACGAAGCCGUCAACAUUUAUCCCAACACCGACAUCGGGGGCAAAUACGUCGUCCUCAGCAAUGGGGACCUCUACAUCAGCAACGCGGGGCCGGGGGAUGGAUACAAGAACUACGGCUGUCGCACCGUCAAUCGCCUCACAGGUGAAGUCCAGACGAGCAUGUAUCCUGGAAGGAUAAUAGUGACCGAACCAAAGGGCAAUGUCCAGCCCAGGAUAAGCGUGGACAAGUACAACGCCCGACGCGUAGUCCUGGGCGAGGACGUCACCUUGCCCUGCGUCGCGCAAGGACAUCCGGUUCCUGGAUACUACUGGAAAAGGGAACUGCAAGGACAAAGCGUACCUGUUGCUCUAGGGGAGAGACUGACCAUUCUAUCGGCGGGAUUACUGAGGAUAUCCAAGGUGCGGCUGGAAGACCGCGGGGUGUACGUGUGCUUCGCCAACAACUCAGCGGGCGAGGAGAGUGUGAGGGUGACGCUGGAAAUAACAGCCCCCUUGUCGGCACAUGUUCAACCUCAAGUACAAGUGGUCGACGUGGGGAAGGAGGCGACCUUCCAGUGCAUUGUCAACGGGUACCCCGUCUCCCAAGUCAGCUGGCUGCACAACGGCAAGCCUGUGGCGCCCGACCACCGCGUGGAGGUGAUGGCGGAGCCCCCCCGACUCACCAUCCGCCAGUUGUCGAAGGACGACCGCGGGAUGUACCAAUGCAUGGUGAGCAACAACUGGGACCAAGCCCAAGCCACUGCCGAACUCGAUAUGGGCGACGCCGGUCCUGAGCUGAUUUAUUGGUUCUCCGAACAGACCCUCCAGCCAGGACCGAUGGUUUCGUUGAAAUGUGUUGCAACAGGAAAUCCUCCGCCGCAGUUCACGUGGACUCUCGACGGAUUUCCGCUUCCCGACCAUCCGCGAUUUUUGGUUGGGCAAUAUGUCACGAUCCAAGACGACGUGAUCAGCCACGUGAAUAUCACCAAUAUCAAGGCGGAAGAUGGGGGAGAAUACACUUGCACGGCACAUAACAGCGUAGGGAAAAUAUCACACAGUGCCAGGGUGAACGUCUACGGCCUCCCCUACAUUCGGGAAAUGCCGAAAAUCACCGGCGUGGCCGGAAGCAGCCUCGUGAUCAAGUGUCCCGUGGCGGGAUACCCCAUCGAGACAAUAACGUGGGAACGCGAAGGGCAAAUCCUGCCGGUGAACCGUCGUCAGAGGGUUUACGCAAACGGCACUCUGGUGGUGGAGCAAACUCAACGCAACGAAGACGCCGGAACGUACACGUGCCAGGCGCAAAACAGGCAAAGAAACUCGGAUAGAAGGAACGUCGAGGUGCAAGUUAUAGUAACUAUCGUUGCCGGUUUAGUGGUUUACUACAAAUGGUCUUUCACAUAUUGGAAGAAACGCGGCCUUGAGUACUUAGAACCGUCAAUUCCCUUCGGCAAUUGUGCUAAAUUAUUUCUAUCAAAGUGCAAUUUCGGCGAGCAAUUCGCCGAAUUUUACAAACAGUUCAAGGCGAAAAACCUUAAACAUGGUGGUGUGUUUAUGUUUGCACGUCCUUUUUACAUCCCUGUGGAGCCUGCAAUUAUAAAGAACAUAAUGCAAAAGGACUUUCAACACUUCGUAGACCGCGGUUUCUACGUAAAUGAAGAAAUUGAUCCGUUGAGUGGUCACCUUUUUUCGCUAGAAGGCGACAAAUGGAAAAAUCUUCGAGCAAAAUUGAUAGCAACAUUCACUUCAGGUAAAAUGAAGAUGAUGUUUGAAACUAUGGCAAAUUGUGCGAAAGGACUUGAUAAAUACGUGAGCGAAGCUGCAAAACGGAAGGAAACCCUAGAUGUCAAAGAAACUCUCGCAAAUUUCACCACAGAUGUCAUUUGCUCUUGCGCUUUUGGGCUUGAAAGUAAUUGUCUUAAAAAUCCAGACUCCGAAUUUAGGUACUACGGAAAACGCACUUUCCAAAACACAACUUGGGAAAAUUUGAAAAAUCUCAUUCAGUUCAUGAUGCCUAUGUAUAUCUUCAAUUUAGUGAAAUUUAAAACUACCAAACCAGAUGUGGAAGACUACAUGUUAAAUUUAGUAAAGAAAACGGUACAAUACAGAGAAAAAAAUAACGUCUAUCGAAAAGACUUCCUCCAUUUGUUGCUACAACUGAAAAAUAGAGGAAAAGUAACAGAUGACGAAACUUUCCUUGACAAUAACAACAAAAGUAAAGAAGUUGCAUUGACAAUCAAUGAAUUGGCAGCACAAGUUUUUGUUUUUUUCAUCGCUGGUUAUGAAACUUCUUCAACAGCAAUGACCUUCACUCUGUUCGAACUCAGUGGCAAUGAGAAAAUCCAAGACAAGUUGCGUGAGGAAAUCAAAACUGUGUUAGCUAAACAUAAUAAUCAAAUAACAUACGAGGCUCUCAUGGAAAUGACAUACAUGGAACAAGUUCUCAAUGAAACCUUGAGAAAAUAUCCACCGGUACCAUUCUUGAAUAGAAAAUGUACCAAAGCGUAUGACGUCGCUGGGACAAACCUCCAUCUGGAUAAAGGUACCAUGAUGGUAAUCCCAAUUCUGGGUGUUCACCAUGAUCCUGAAUACUACCCUGAUCCAUCAAAAUACGACCCGGAGCGCUUUUCGGAAGAAAAUAAAAACAGCGAGCAACCUGGCGAAUACAAAGACUUCCUCUUCGAGCCCAACGUGCAGCAAUUCGCCAACGGUUCGUUAAACUUCCUCCACAUAUCAAAAGACAACGAAGGGCAAUACCUCUGCGAGGCAAAAAACAACAUCGGAGCCGGCGUCAGCAAGGUCAUUUUCCUCAAAGUUAACGCCCCCGCGCAUUUCCUGCAGAAAGCGAAGCAACUGCAGGUGGUGAAGGGCGAGCAGGCCCACUUGCAGUGCUCUGCCCUCGGCGACACCCCCAUGGAGAUCACCUGGAAGCUGGGGGGCCAACACAUAUCCAACGACGGCGACCAGCGGUAUUCCGUGAGGGCGCAGCAGCUCGCCGAAGGAAUGGUCUCCGAGUUGAGCAUCGAGAGGACCAUCAGACAGGACACGGGGAUUUUCACGUGUUCGGCGAGCAACGCCUAUGGGAGCGAUGACAUGAAUAUUCAACUCAUUGUCCAGGAGAUUCCAGAGCCGCCGAGGAACGUCAGGGUAAUGGACCAGUUAUCCAGAUCGAUCGGGAUAUCUUGGACGCAGCCGUAUGCCGGAAAUAGCCCCAUCACUAACUACAUUGUCCAGUACAAACCGGGAUCAGAAGCGUGGCCCAACCAGCCGGCGAAAGUAACAGUUCCAGGCUCGCAAAUCACCACCACUUUGCAAAACCUGCGCCCCUCGCAAGUAUAUCAUCUCCGGAUUUUAGCGGAAAACCGCUUGGGUUUAAGCGAUCCGAGCCAAGUAGUCCAAGUGAGCACCCUGGAAGAAGUGCCGAGCGGGGCUCCUGUUGAUAUAAGAGCCGAGGCGAAGAGUUCAACUGAAUUGGUGGUCACUUGGGAACCCCCGAACCGGGAAACUUGGAAUGGUAAUCUCUUAGGGUAUCACGUGGGGUACCAGGAAGUUUCAACGGAAGAUUCCAACAAUGUCGCGCAGUCGUACACGUUUAAGAGUGUGGAGGUGCGGCCCCAUUAUGGGGGCGAAGCGGUGCUGCAAGGACUGUCCAAGUACACCACCUAUGGGAUCAUAGUGCAGGCUUACAACAGUCGGGGCUCGGGGCCCGCCAGCGACCCCGUAACCGCCCGAACUCUGGAAGACGCCCCAAGUUUGCCCCCACAGAACGUGCAGUGUUCGGUAUUAAGUGCUCAAAGUUUACACAUAUCAUGGGAACCGCCGUUGCCGGAAGGCCGAAACGGAAUUAUCCAAGGAUAUAAAGUUACUUAUCACUCGGCCGGCGAAUGGUUCGACAACGACGAUCAACAGACGAAAAUCAUCAAUCAAUUGCGCACAACAAUCUCCGGAUUGAGGAAAUUCACCAAUUAUAGCAUGACGGUGCUGGCGUACACCGCCAGCGGGGACGGGGCGAGAUCCGAGCCCACCUURUGCCAAACCGAAGAGGAUGUGCCAUCUGCACCGGCGGAAAUUAAGGCCGUCCUAAGUGCCCCCGAUAAAAUACUGGUAUCGUGGUUGCCGCCCAAAUUCAGUAAUGGGCCAUUAGUUGGGUACACGUUCUACAUGAGUCAAAUGGAAGACGGCAGGGAGGAAGGGACCCACAAAAGGGUCUUGAGCCCUUCCACCGAAAUGCACGAAGUUGAGAGGGUUAAACAGUCGUCCACGCUGGAGUUCUGGGUCACUGCAUCCACAAGGAUCGGCGAAGGCGAAAGCACGCGCGUCAUCACCGUGAGCCCCUCGAAGGCCGUUCCGGCCCGAAUCGCCUCCUUCGGGCGCGAGGUGAUAAGCGCCUGGAAGCAAAACGUCUACCUCCAUUGCAAACGCGUGGGAAUCCCCCUUCCCAACGCAAUAUGGCGCGUCAACGACCUACCUCUUGAGGUGGGCGGCCGAAAAACGAUCUUCCCCAACGCCACUCUCAUUAUAAAAGACACUCAAAGCGUGGAUCAAGCCAACUACUCGUGCAGCGUGGAAAAUCAAUACGGAAGGGACGAAAUCGAAUACAGCUUGAAAGUCCUCGUGCCACCGGAAGCCCCCGUUUUAAGCGUCGUUGAAGCCUUCACCGACAGCUUGCACCUGAGAUGGAGCGAUCAGGGGAAUGGGGGCUCCCCCAUCCUCGGCUACGUGAUAAAUUACAAGCGCGACCACGGGGACUGGGAGGAAUUGCAAAUUUCGGCGAGGACCGACGAACACAUGCUCAGGAAUUUGUGGUGUGGGACGAGGUAUCUCCUCUAUAUAACGGCCUUCAACAGGAUUGGCACGGGGCUGCCCUGCGAUAUCGUCACAGCCCACACGAAAGGCACAGUCCCAGUGAAGCCGAAGCAGUCGCAGAUGCUCACCAUGAACGCGACAGUGGUGACCAUCUGGCUGGACUCGUGGGGCGACGGGGGCUGCGGCAUCCUCUACUUCGUGGUGGAGUUCCGCCCCGGGAAGCACUCCUCGUGGAUCAUGUCCUCGAAUCACGUCAAACCAACCGAACGAAUUUAUAGUAUAAGUGACCUGUGGCCUGCCACCGAAUACCAACUGAAAAUCACCGCUCACAACAACGCCGGCAACACCGAAGCCUUGUACAACUUCACAACAUUAACACUCUUAGGUGGUAAGCCGCUCAUUUCGCCCUUGAGUCGUAUUGAAACUUGUAUGGUGUUAGCUGUUCCAGAACUAGCACCGCCAGUUUCCCACUCCGGGGAUCACCCUUUUUAUACCAACGCCAGGGUUCUAGUUCCCAUCAUUUUGUCGAUUCUAGUGCUAGUGGCUCUGAUAGCCACGCUCUUCUGGCGCAAAAAGAUUAGGAGCGAGAGGGAGAGCCAGAAUCGCUCGAUGGGCGAGUCGCCCUCCAUGGCUCAGAUCCAGAACAAGCAGAACAGAGACCAACAAUAUCUCGCUGUGCGAGUGGGACGAGGACCGCAGCCUUUGGCCAUCGAUUCGGACACGUAUAAGGCCGAAUCGGCCGAUUAUAUCGAGGAUAUUUGUCCCUAUGCCACGUUUCAAUUGUCCAAACCGGCGUACAGUGAAAGCUCGUACAGCGGAAAUGUGUACAGUGGACCGUACCAUUCGGUACGGGGUUCUUUUGUUUAUCAUGAUGUUAAACCACCACCUAUUGAUAAGUUUAAGUUAGGACAUAAUAAAGAACCAGAAUAUACCAAGGUUCGGAGAAAAGGGGGAAGACUGAGAGAUCCACAUUCAGAGAGUCAAGAGUCUGAUAACCUGGGCAGCACUGACUCAGAAGUGAAGAAGAUACUAACUCUGCACCUGCCUAUUUCAGAGUACGACACUCUCGGUUCGGAUUCCGAGGUCGACGGGCGCGCCACCAGCCAAGAACUCAUGUCUUUUAGUCAUAGAAUGCGUGGAGGCGCCGAAGGCUCGUCGUCGUCGUCGGAGACGUCGCCCCCGUCGGGCAGCGUCGGCCGCAAGCCCUACCCCGCACGCAAAGGCAAAACCAAGGGCGCCCCCUUGAGCAAGCGCCACGUGCGGAGCAGCAGCGGCUAUUCGAGUCACAACGACGAGACCACAUUUAGCAUCUCGCACGCGCCGAGCUUCAACGAACGGAUUCAUCCGCCGAGUCGGUUCUCCGAUUUGAACCCCAGGGAGCUGAGCGAGGGCGAGUUUGAAAAGGGGCACAGAACGAGGGGAAUGUCCAAACUGACACGAGAAGCUUUCCAAAUCAACGUUUGAGGGGCCAAAUGGCCACUUCAUUUUCUUGUUUUCAAAUAUUUUCACUUUGCGUGUCCAGACUUUGAGACUUUUUUAUUUUUGUAACUGGGAGAGCGAACAUUUGUUGGCUGGUGCCUUCAGAGGGAGACUUCCCUACUUCCGCGUGGGUGUGCCAAAUACGAAUUGAUAAUAAAGUGUAUAGAGCAGUGUAUGRUAUAGAUUUUAUAGAUUGUUAUAUAAUGUUAACAAGAAGAUUCAGUGGUUUCCACACUCUAGUCUAUUUGUGUUAAGACACGAUCACACAUACUCAUUGUGUAACAUAACAAAUAAAAAUACUGCAAAAUUUACCCUUUCCGCAAAAUUCAAACAACUGUCAUUUUUUUGACUACAAGAGUCCAAAUCAAACGCCUCAAGAGUGCUGUGACAAUUUCACGUAUGUCUUGCCUACACUGUUACGUUUAGUGAAAUGACAUUUUUUAUGUUAUGUAGGUACAGUCGAACAAAAUGAAAAUGACAAGAUAAAUUCCUUUAGGGGCCGGUUUACACAAAGCGAAAUAAAAAUUUAAUUCAGAAUUAAAC